AUGGCGGCAGUUACUCAAUCUGUUUCCUUUGGCAUAACCGGUAGCACUUCGUAUCUCACUCGGUACGAAGAGGCACAUGAGUAUAUGGAUCUAAUGUAUUCACUAUGGGAAGGAUCAUGGGAAGACGGAGCUCAAAUCUGGGACCCUGAGACAGGUGCAUAUGACCCGAACAAGAUCCACAAGAUUACCUUCAAUGGGAAAUACCACAGUACUUCAGCAUACCAACAGACUCACCCAUCGCCUCAAAGGACCCCGGUCUUGUUUCAAGCUGGUUCAUCGAAAGCUGGGAAAGCAUUUGGAGCAAAACACGCCGAAGCUCUCUUCAUCGGUGGCCGAACACCCGCAGGAGUAGCUCCAUUAGUUAAAGAAAUGCGAGUCGCAGCCACGGCAGAAGGACGCGACCCAUCCGAGCUCAAGUUCUUCCCCAUGAUAACACCUAUCAUCGGCAAGACUCUCGAAGAAGCGCAAGCAAAGCGUAAAGAGCUCGAAAAGUACGCCGAUUGCCGAGGUGGCCUCGUCAAAGUCAGCUCAUUUUUGAACACAGAUCUGAGUAAAUAUCCGCUCGACGAGCCGUUUGAGAUCGAUGGUGCCGAUGCUUCGAUUCACACGAUGCUGGAGGCGCUGAAGGCGGUUAGUUCGGGUGGGCAGAGGUUGACUCCUAGACAGCUGGGGGCCGAGUUUGCGUUCUGUGGGUUUGGAGAUAUGCCGACGGGGACGCCGGAGAUGAUUGCGGAUCGGAUUGAGGAGUGGGCUAACGUGGGGGAUAUUGAUGGGUUCAAUCUUGCUUACGUCUCCAAUCCUGGCUCAUACGAAGAUAUCGUCGAAUAUCUAGUCCCAGUCCUCCAAAAGCGGCGACUGAUGUGGGCAGAUUACGCAGUACCUGGUGGAACUUUCAGAGAGAACUUGCACGGAAGACCAGGGAAGCCGUACUUGCCAGAUGAGCAUCAAGCAGCGAAAUUCAGAUACAACAAGCUCAAGGAGACGGCGGAGGUUGAUGAGUUUGGCAAUGUCACGAUUAACAGAGCUCCGGAAGAGAGGGAGCAGAUUGUCAAUGGCUUGGAGAACUUGAAAGUAAGUGAAAAGGUAGCGGAGGUUGAACUCAAAGUUUGA